AUGACGCGCGACGACGCGCGCGAUGCGUUUCAAGCGCUCAUGCGACGCGCCAAGUCGACGACGACGACGACGACGCGCGGUGGCGUUCGAAAGCCGUCGGCAUCGGCGCGAAAACCGUCGACGCUCGUGCCGUGCCCGAUGUGCUCGCGGCACGUGUCGAGCGCGGUGAUCGAGGCGCACGCGAGCGCGUGCGACGGAAAGCGUCCGCGCCUGCGCGACGAGGCGGGGAAGAUGCCGUCGAGCGAGAAGCGGAGGGACGUGCGAGAGGAUUACAGAGGACGGCGCGCGCACACGGGACGAACGACGACGGGGUUCGUGGCGAAAGAUGACUUGGAGGGCGGAUGGAUCGCGCGCGCGGGCGAAUGCGGCGCGAGGAGCGACGGCGCGAGGUCGGAUGCGUUCGCGGCGCUCGCGCGCGGGGCGAAAUUGCAGGCAAAGGUGAAACUCCCCGGGCACUAUAUCUUGGAAAAUUUCAUCACGGAGGACGAGGAGCGACGGAUAGUGGACUGGCUGGACGACGACAUCGCCGCGGGUCCGUGGAGAGAUUCGAGUUUUAAUGGUGCGCAUCAGGGGAAGAAGUACGGCGUCGAGCCGAAUCUAUUGAAACGCUGCGUCGAGCCCGCGCGAGUGCCGAUGCCGAAGAUUUUACGAGACCUCGUCGUCGCAAAAUUCGCCGCGGCGCACGAGACGUUGAAGCAUUUCACUCCGAACGAGUGCAACGCGAUCAACUAUCGCAAGGACUUGGGUUCGGUGCUGACUCCGCACUGUGACGAUCGUCAGCUCUCGAGUGACAUCCUCGUUAACCUGUCGCUUUGCAGCGAUUGUACGAUGACGUAUUCUCACGAAAAGUUUGCGAGCAAGCGCGUCGACGUGCGGUUGCCGCGACGAAGCUUACAGAUUCAGAGCGGUAGCACGCGAUAUGAUUACAUGCACUCCAUCGCAAACGAGAAUUUACACGGAAACAGACGCGUGAGCGUGACUUUCCGCGAAUCCGGCGUGUUGCAGAAAUCGCCGCAGACGCCCAAGUGGCGACCAAAUCAGUAG